CAUCUUUUCCUUGCUGGAACAACAGCAAGUUGUGAAGGAAUGCUGGGAAAACUGUGGAUGAGGCUUUGAUGCCAAUAUGCUUUUGUUUAGAGAGUCAUCAAAAGCAAAUGAAUUACUGCUGGUUUUCAGUGAGAGCCAGGGACCUCAGCCUGCCAUUAUAAACCUACCUUAGUCUCCCCAGUGCACAAACACAGGAUGUCGAGGUUCUCCCUUCACACACCCUCCAGCUGCCCUUAAAUUCCUGCCCAUCUGUUUUGCUGAGUUAUUUGGUACAUGCCUGACCUUGCUCUGGGUUUAUUGACAUUUAUCUGCAUCCCCAUCCCCACCCUGCAGAUACACAGCCUAUAUGAACCCAGCACUUGAUCCUGCCACUGCACAUGGUGAUGUGACUGGAGAGCUAGUCCAUGCUUCAUCCGUAGAGGGUGUGUGGUAUAAAUGCAGGGCUGUAGUACAUAUAGAAAUAAAAGCAAAUAUCUCCACUGGAUGUGAUGUCACAAAGCAGGUGGGGAUGGAGAAGCCCUAUUGCUGAGCACAUCUGGUUUGGCAUGGGAGGUGAGAUUACUCCUCAGUAGGAUGCCAAGGCUAGCUUUGAGAAGAGCAGUAGUGAAGAUGGCAUUUUUUGUCUGGACAGUGGGACCGCAAGUGUGUGCACAGGGAGUUAGUGUAUAAUGAACCCCCUUCUGCCACUUCUUCAUUGCUUUUACAGCCCAUAUAUUUGCUUAUCAGUGGAGUGCUUGCUUUUUAGUUUUUGUGUGGACACACCUGGAGUGUGAGACCAGAGGCAUAGCAUUAGCCAGAAACCUGUAAAGUUGUGUAUCCAGUGGUGUGUCUUUCAGACAGUAUUCUGCAGCUGCUUGAUGGCUUGAAGUAUUUGGCUUUGUCCUUCAUUAAUUUCUUUCUUCUUUCUUCCUCCUCUGCAAUUUCCCCUCAAUUUGGCAAUGUAAACCCCAAACAAACCUUAAACAACUGCACCUCCCACUGCCCAUGUGGAUGCGUGGGCUGGCAGCCGCCCAUCGCCGGUGGGUGCGAUGCAGGCUCCCAUCGCCUCCGUGUAUGACCCUCUGCAGAGCUCCGAGCUGCGGCGCAGGCACAGCACCUCCUCCAGCCCCAGCCAGGUCCGAGUGGGGCCUGAGCAGCUGAAGCACGUGGCCCAGGUCUGCCCCAACAGCCCUGUGGAAGUGGAGGUGCCGGGACUCAAAGUGCUGCAUGUGCAGUUCAAUUCUCCCCUGCAGCUCUAUUCGCAGAGCAACAUCAUGGACACCCUGCAGGGGCAGAUCUCUUCUGUUAGCCCUGAUUUCCCCAGUUUAGAUCAGCAUAACCAGACCCCAGGCAACAUUGCCAUAGACAGACAAUCUGAGGUUUACAAGAUGCUGCAGGAGAAUCAAGAGUCAAAUGAGCCACCCAGACAGUCUGCUUCAUUUCUUGUGUUGCAAGAGAUCUUGGAGUCAGAGGAGAAAGGAGACCCUUCCAAGCCAUCUGGAUUUAGGAGUGUCAAAGCCCCUACCACAAAGGUGGCCUCAUCGAUUGGGAAUGCCCAGAAGCUGCCCAUGUGCGACAAGUGUGGAUCUGGCAUUGUAGGGAUGUUCGUGAAGAUCCGGGACAAGCAGCGUCACCCCGAGUGCUACGUGUGCAGCGACUGUGGCACCAAUCUCAAGCAGAAAGGACACUUCUUUGUGGAAGACCAAAUCUACUGCGAGAAGCACGCACGGGAACGGGUGAUUCCCCCGGAGGGCUACGAGGUGGUCACUGUCUUCCCAAAGUAAACCAUGCUGCUCACAAAGCAAGCGUGGGUGAUUUAUCCUCUGCUUCUUUUCCUUGGAGAGCAUUUUCCCUACCCCCUGCAGAAUCUUGUUUGCAAUAAGGAAUGCUAGGCAUGGCUUUGAAUUUCCUUGUCAUUAUUAAUCCUCCAUCUGUUCACAUGAGAUGUCACUAAUUGUUCAACAUUCUUCUCAUCCUCUCUUUCACUUUUUUUUUAAUACACAGAUUUAUUUUUUUUUCUUUCAUUGUGCUGUCAAUCACACAGGAAAAUCAGAGGCCAAAGUCAGAUUACAACUUUUCUGUGUUCUAGUUAUUUUGCCAUCUGUUUGCCUUCAAUAAAUGGGGUGAAUCCACAAGGCA